UUGGGCAAAGCCACCAAAGAUGAUAAAAGGUUCCUGGUGACUGUCUGCAUUUCCAACACAUCGGAUUACAAUUUGGGUACAUUUUUGCCAAUCUAGCAGGGGCUAACUACCACCUAUACCACAUCUUGUAGUGGUUCUCUUUGUACGUUGUUGCCUUUGUUAUUCUACAAUUAUUUUCCCAUAUCAUUUCCCACUCUUCUAAUUGUGUAUUUCUUCCAAUGUUCCUAGCCCAAGCUAUCAUUUGGCCUUUGACUAUGUUUUCUGCCAGGUCAAACUCUAGUAGGUAUUUAUAGAUCUUUGAAAUUAAUUUUCCCUCUUUAGUUUCUAAUAAUUUAUCUAAUUGGUUAGAUUUUAUUUCAACUCCUCCUUCUUCACUGUCUUUUUUAUAUCUAGUUUGUAUUAGUAAAUACGGCCACCAGUCUAUUUCUAUGCCCUGGUCCCUGAGCUCUUGGCGAGAUUUGAGUCUCCCAUUAAUAUCCAGAAUUUCUUUGUAUCUUAUUAUUUUUUGAGUAGCUGGUGCGUUGAGGUGUAUUGUAUUGGGGUGCAUUGUUGCCUCUAAUGUAGAUAUCCAGCCUGGGACUUACGUCAUAUAGUGCUUACGUUUAAUUUCCAGCCGUCUCAAUUAGUGAAUUUCUUAUUAUAUGGUUUUUAAAAUGUUUGUAAGUUUUGUUCGUAAGGAUUCCCUGUUCCUGCCUGAACCGGAUCUGAAUGAGCGCAUGAUUUGCAUAACGACCUCCAUGAAAACGGUCAUAAAUUGGCUCUGCUUCGACUCCAUGACUGCCACGACUGAGGGCAGAAAUUCCAGUGGUCUCUCUGGGAAGCUGAGAAUGAAAUGCCCGCUGAGUUCAGAGAACCAGGAUGGAAAAUCAUGGAGCUACUACAGACCAGGAGACCAUCUAAUCAGUAUAGUCACCACUGGAACGGAAAGAUUGCAUGCAAAGUUGCUUUUCAACGUGGCUCCUUCUCUUCAGUUUGUUUUCCAUGAUAUUGUUUUAUAUGGCUCACAGUACAUUUUUGCCAUUCAAAUGGUCAACAAGAAUUCCCAACUCCUUCACAAUCUCACACUGGGCUACAACAUCCAUAGCAACUAUCUGAGCACUUUACGCACUUCAGAUGCCUUGCUGGACAUGCUCUCCACUGGAGAAGCCAAUGUCCCCAACUACAGCUGUGGAAGGAAGGAGAAUCUUCUGGCUCUGAUUGAUGCAACUAAAAGGGAGAACUCCAUCCAGAUGUCAACAUUAGGAGGCACCUACAAAAUCCCACAGAUCAGUCAUGACAUUGUUUCAGAGGCUCUGAGUGAUAAACGGAAAUUCCCCUUUUUCCACCAGAUUCUUCCCAAAGAAGGAUUCCAGUACCCAGCAAUUGUCCACCUGCUCCUCCAUUUCAGAUGGACCUUGAUUGGCCUCUUUGCUUCAGACACAGAGGAGGGAGAGAAUUUCAUGAGGAUUUUUCCUCCUGUGCUUGUCAGGAGUGGAAUUUGUGUUGUUAUAUCACAACUGUUCUCAACAACUGGAUAUACAGCAUCCCUGAGGGAGUCCCUCUCUAAGUGGAGACAAGUCAACGUCUUUGUUCACUUCAUGGAAUAUGAUUCCAUUUGGGAUAGAAUUCUUCCUUUCCAUGAAACAUUUAUGCGUCUGCUAGGACCCAUUGAAGGGAAAGUCUGGUUCCUCACAAAUUUUGCAGGAUAUGAAAUGAAGAAUCGUAGACUUCUCAAAUACAUCCAUAGUAUUUUGAACUUUGGUUAUCUGGGGAAAAAAAGGCCAAAGGAUUCUGCCUUUGAACCCCAUUUCUUUGUGGAAUAUCAGUUUCAAGAUUAUUAUUUCCGCUGUUCUCUUUCAAAGAACGUCUUUUCUGUCAAAGGCCGCAGAAGAUGCACCCAGAAAGCCCCAAUGGACACCCAGAAGAAAAGGAACAGAGGAAGGAUCCGAAAUGACUAUCAAUGUCACAAUCUGAUGAAGACUCUGGCCCAGGCUUUGAAUGCCGCUUAUUCCUCCAGAUCAAGGAGGAGAAGGAAGGAGGGAGAAAAGAUUUUGGGGUCUCCAAGGCUGCAGCCGUGGCAGUUUCAUCCCUUUAUGGAGAAGAAUGAUUUUUGGAAUAUUUCUCGAAGAAAACUGUACUUGGACCAAAAUGGAGAGAUAACAGCAGAUCUGAGCAUUGACAGCUUGUUGGUUCUCCCCAAGGGGGGUAUCAGGGAAGAGAUUCUGGCAUAUUUUGAAAGACAGAGACUUUCUAUCAACCAAGAUGCUUUUUCACAGCUAAAGUUGCUCAAUAAGUCCCUGCCUCAGUCCAAAUGUGUGGAAAGUUGUCAUCCUGGAUUUGUCAAGAGGGCUCGAGAAGGAGAGCCAGUUUGCUGCUAUGACUGCGUUCCUUGUCCGGAGGGGACCUUCUCCACUCAGGAAGAUACACAAAAAUGCACCAAGUGCCCGGAUGAUAAAUAUCCAAAUGAGGCCAGAGUCCAAUGUAUCUUCAAAGCUAUAACUUUCCUGUCUUAUGAAGAACUUCUGGGCAUCAUCCUGGUCUCUUUUGCCCUACUCUUUUUCCUAACCACAGAUCUUGUUUUAAUCAUCUUCAUGAAAUACAGAGAAACUCCCCUUGUCAAAGCCAACAACCGGGACCUCUCCUACAUCCUCCUGGUCUCCCUCCUGCUUUGCUUCUUGUCUCCUCUUCUCUUCAUUGGUCAACCAAGGAAAGCCACCUGCCUUCUCCGACAAACAGUUUUCAGCAUCAUCUUCUCAGUUGCCGUUUCUUCUCUCUUGGCCAAAACCAUCAUGGUGGUGCUGGCCUUCCUGGCCACAAAACCAGGAAACCGAGUGAAGAGAUGGUUGGGGAAGAGCUUGGCCAACUCCAUCAUCCUUUCUUGUUCUGCUGUCCAAAUUAUCAUCUGCUCCAUCUGGCUGGGAGUUUCUGCUCCCUUCCCUGACUCUGACCUCCACUCCCAGCCUGGAGAGAUCAUCCUGCAAUGCAACGAAGGGGCCGUUGUCAUGUUCUACGUCACCCUCAGCUACAUGGGCUUCCUGGCUGCCAUCUGCUUCACGGUGGCUUUCCUGGCCAGGAAUCUGCCUGGGGCCUUCAACGAAGCCAAGCUGAUCACCUUCAGCAUGCUGGUCUUCUGCAGUGUCUGGGUGACUUUUGUGCCCACCUACCUGAGCACCAAAGGGAAAUCCAUGGUGGCUGUGCAGGUCUUCUCCAUCCUGGCCUCCAGUGCUGGUCUGCUGGGCUGCAUCUUCAUCCCCAAGUGCUACAUUAUCCUUCUGAGGCCAGACCUCAACACAAAGGAGCAGCUCACAGGCAGAACAAAUGUGAAAACCUGAGUUACAGUAUAACACAAAUGUGAUAUUGAAGAAUUGUUAAAAGUUUCUUUUAUUUGAAAAGAGAUAUUCUUUCCAUUUAGAUAAUAUGCAGGAGUCAAAGAAAAUCAUACAUAUAUGCAAUGGUGGGAUUCUGCCGGUUCUAGGCGGUUUGGCCAAACCGUUUGUUAAAUUGCUGGCUCGCCCCGCCUCUUGCCAAUAAAUAGUGGGGGCAGAGCGAGGGGCGGGCGAGCCAGUAAUUUCAUUUCAUUUUAUUAGAUUUAACAAAUGGUUCGUGGUUUUUUUGUAAUUUAUUGGCCUUGCAGUAGUGGUGGGUUGCUACUGGUUCUCCCUGGUUCACAAGGACUGGUAGCAGUAAUUUGGGCUGGUUCGGAGAACCGUUAGUAAUUGCUGGCUGGCCAUGCCCCCAAACCGGUAUGCUCGCUCGCCCCGCCCCCCUCCACCCAGUCACUCCUCACUUAUACUGUGUGAGUCCUUGCUGAAAUACUGAAGUACUGUGCCUGCCAGGUAAGCCUGCGAGUCGCGGCCUACCUAGCUG